UUUUUAUUUUCGACGAUUUCAAUAUCCAUUUUCCACCCGACUACCCGUGAAUCGGAGAAUUCCAGGCCAGACCGGCUUGAUGUACUGAUCGGGCUGUGUGCACCUCAUGCUCUUAUCAUGGCUGGGUAAACUUUUUUAGGGAGUCGUGCUAGUCUUGUUUUUCCAAAUUUUCACACGUAAUUUCAGCUGUUUCUGAAAGUCAACAAUUCAACAUGUUAAAGGCUUUGUCAGUUUGUCACAGUUUUUAUAGGUAAAUUGUAACUAAGAAACUUAUCACCAAAAUGUCUUAUGAUUUCAAGAAAGAAGACGAUGUUAAAGAAUAUAUUAAAAACUUAGGAAUUGAAUAUAGAUUUGGUUGUUUCAGUGAAAAAGAUGCACAAACAUGUCAGUUACUUGGUGAUUACUUAGAAACUAUAGAAAACAACCCGGAUAAGGCAGCCAAAAUAUAUAAAGAAAAUUGCGAUGAACGAAACUUUGGUCGCAGUUGUUAUAAGUAUGCUUCAUACAUAGAAAAAAAUAACUUGAAAAAUCUCAAACCAGUACUUCCUGAGAUGAUAAGAUAUUUUAAGAAAGGCUGUGAAUAUAACUGGUCUGAUGGAUGUUUUGCCGCAGGAAUGAAACUCCGUUAUCAUAGUGACUCAAUUACUGAUGUUGACGAAAGAACAAAAAGUUUACUUGAAAGUCUGCAAUACUUAGAAAAAGCAUGUAACAACAAGCAUUCAGAAGCAUGUUAUGUAGCCAGUAAUAUUCAUUUUGCUGGAAUUGAGGAAAUUGGAUUGGCACCUAAUAUGUCCAAAGUCUUAGAAUUUUCAAUAAAAGCUUGUGAUCAAAAUGAAUUAAAAGGUUGUGUUAAUGCAUCAAUUAUAUAUAAUAAAGGAGAUGGUGUACCUAAAGAUUUGAAUCUUGCUCAGAAGUAUAAAGAACGAGCAUUAGAUAUACAAAAACAAAUCAAAGAAGAAAAAGGUGUGAAGUUUAGUUAAAUGAUUUUUUUUAUAAUUGUUGUUAGUUGUCAUUAAAAUUCAAAAAUGUUGAGUUAUAUAUUUUAUUAUGACAUUGAUUAUUGUUAUUCAUAUUAAAAAAACGGUUUAUCUACUGUUUAUUAAAUAUUAUUUUCGAAGAAAA